CCACUACUCCUCCAUUUAUAUACCCCUCCCCCCAUUUUUUACUCAUCUACUAUCAAUCACAUCACAGCAGGGGAAUGCGAAAUUUCACUUCUCUGUUUUUUUUACCACUCAACAACUCCUACAUGUAAUAUAUACUGCUCAUAUAAAACAGUAAAAUUUUGUUGCUCUUCUUUACAUGAGUAACGUAACGCCUUUUUUGGAUAUAUACCCCAGAUCGUAAUUCGUCUUGAAUAUAUAAUUGAAUAUGAUUAAUACUUGGGCUGAGAAAAAUAUAAGUGAUAGGAAAGAUAAGGAGUACAGUAAGGCGAAGAAGAAAAUGUCAAGGGUUCAGAAACUCUAUGAAACUUGCAAACAAAUUUUUGCUAAUUGCGGACACGGCGUUGUGCCGUGCCCGGAAAAUGUUGAACGUGUCAAGGCAGUUUUGGCUGAAGCAGAUGUUGGCUUGAGGCCGAAUAUGCCAUAUUUGAUCAGGUCUACAGUAUCUGAUGGACCUCCUAAAAUAAUGUACCUGCAUCUCCAUGAAUGUGACAAAUUCUCGAUCGGUAUCUUUUGCUUGCCACCAUCACCAGUCAUUCCUCUUCAUAACCAUCCUGGAAUGACAGUUUUCAGCAAGCUUUUCUUUGGUAAAAUGCACAUCAAAUCUUAUGAUUGGGUGGAUAAUCUCCUUCCCCAUCAAUCUACUCCAAAUGCCAAUAUAUCUAACAAUGAUACAAGGGAUUGGACUGGACUACGUCUUGCAAAGUUGAAAAAGAAUUCCGAGUUUACAGCUCCUUGCAAAACAUCAAUCCUCUAUCCAGCUGAUGGAGGAAAUAUGCACUCCUUCACAGCAAGGACAGCUUGCGCUGUGCUGGACGUGCUUGGGCCACCUUAUUGUGAUCCUGAAGGUCGUCAUUGUCAAUACUACUAUGACUUCCCAUUUCCCAAUUUCUCAGUAGAUGGCUUGUCAGUGCCUGAGGAACAGAAAAAUGAAUAUGCGUGGCUCAAAGAGAGGGAGAAACCUGAGGACUUCACUGUAGAUGGAGCAUUGUACAGUGGACCAGAUAUUAUAGUAAACUGAAAGAAUUCCUUGAAAUUCACAAUUGAAGCAGAAAGAAAACUUUACUCCUCCCCCACUGUUAUGAACGGCCCACAUGACCAGGCCCAGACUUUAAUCUUACACAAGAAGGCCCAAGUACCUUAAGGGACGAAGGGGAACACGUGAAUAAUAACCAACUUGUGGCGCCAAGGAGAAGCGCACGCUCUAAGCAUCUUCCAGUGAAGCUGCGUGAUUACCAGCUCCAAGCAGGAAAAGCGUGACUCUAGAAGAGAGCAGAAUACAUAAAGAAAGAUAUAGAACAAAGUAUAAAUAGAAGGCAGAAUAGUAGAAUAGGCAGGCUGUUGUUAGUACUGAUUUCUUCUGUUUCUCAUCCCUCUCUCAGAUCCUCCUUCUCCUCCCCCUUUCUUUUUAUCCUUGUAAUUUCAUUCAAUUCUUCCUAAUUUCCAGUAGUAGUUGAGUAGCUUGUGAUUUCCCAAUCUAUUCAAGUAAUCAAAGAAGUGUUGGUGAA